GUAAAAGGGCGGGAGAAAAUGUCAUUACUUGACAACGAUAAACAAUUGUUAUCUAUCGGUACAUGAUAUGUUUUAUUCCUCUCCAAGAGUGACAUUUACAUUAAUAUUUUCCAUUUUUUACAAUCCUUUAUACAACUUGAAUCUUGUCGUACAAAACAAUUUAGAUUCAAUCAAGGACAACGUCGCUAAAUUUAACGUAUUUUCGCGAUUAUCUGUCGUACACUAACCUGCAACACUGUUUUCUUGCAGUUAAAAAGGGAAUCCAGAUUAUAACGAUUAAUUGCCUUUGGAUUGUCUAAUCAUGGGAAACAUCCUGGCCAAGAUAUUUCAUCCAUCAUUUAGACAGCUUCCUUGUCAAGCAGAGAAAUCCAGGCCAUUAAUCAGAGAGGCAGAGUCAGAGCUUGCAUACCAAGUGGAUCACAAGGGGGCUAACUCUGUAGUGCUAGAAGGAUCUCCAGUGGAUGCAGUUACCCUCUCUUGGGAAGAAAUUCACUUGAUGAGUCUUAUUCUAGAUGAAGUCCAAAAUAAACGAUUUGAAUGCGCCCUGAAAACUGCAAGAUUGUUGACGAAAGUUUCAGGCUAUUGGAGGGGAACAGGGGUGUACAAGAAAGUCCCAAUAGAAGAAAAGAAGUCUGAUGAUGUGUCUCAAGAAGCAACAGGUGAAGGCAGUGAUGACAGCAAAUCGAAGCUCAUUACUGAUGAAAAUGCAGAGGACAGCAAUAAAAAUAAAUUAGCAGCAGAUAAUUCUGAAAAAGACUGUGAUGAAAAUGAUAAAAUGCAAGCAAGUACUAGUACGGAUUUAAGCACCUUGCAAAAAAAGAUUGAUAAAUUGAUAGAAAACGCAACUGAAAGAGUUGAAUCAUUUGAAAAUUCUCUCCAAGAAAACAUGAAGAAAUCAGUAUCAUGGAAAACAAAACAAACAAUCAGUAUAGAAAAAGGUGCAUCAAACAGUGAAGAUGUGAAAUUGGUGGAUUCAGAGUCUGGUCAAGGUGAUGGGAAAUCAGAAAAUCCUAAGAAUUUAUUUUUAGAUCUGGGUCACCUUGACCCAGAUCCUGCCGAUGACAUCGAGGAAGACAGUCUAGAUGAAGAAGAAGAAUCCAGUUCAGCUAUUAAGGGAGACAGCAAAUGCGCAGCAUGGGAGGUAGAUGUCUCUUCCCACACAGAAAGCUACUCUGGACUGAACAGCAAGAGGCUAGAGGCCCUCAAUCGUGCUCGCGCCCAGAAGACUGGUGAGGCCUACCUUCCACCCCGUGUGCUCGUGUCCACCAAUCAGAUUGCUCAGAGGAAGGUCCUCGAUCUGAAGAGAUGGUAUAUAGCCUGGUACUGCAUGAGCCGCCCCCAGUACAAGACCUCCUGUGGCAUCUCCUCCCUGGUGUCUUGCUGGAACUACCUGUUCAGUACCCUGGGUCAUGGCAACAUGCACCCAAUCAGCCAGGAGGAGGCUCUUACAGCCUUGACCUUCCGACCUCCUUUCAGUGACAUACGCUUUGGACCUUUCACUGGCAAUGCAACUUUGAUCAGAUGGUUCCGCCAUCUAAACGACCAUUUCAAGGUGCGAGGGCGCUGUUACUACGUGUACAAGCCUCAUGGUAAGAACAAGACAGAGAACGUGACAGCGGAGGAUGCCCUGGCGGCCGUCAAGAAAGGGCUGCUGGACCAGCACACCACGUUCAUCUAUCACUGCCAGAACCAUUACUUCUGUCCCAUUGGAUAUGAGGAUGUGCCCCAGUCACCUACGCAGGCUUACAGUGGUCCCACGGAUGAUGCUGAUACCUGGAUCCUUAUUGGAGAUCCCAGCAGGAAACAUCCCAGCGUGCACUGCAAACGAUGGGAAGACAUUGUGACGGACCUGAACUGCCAGAACCCCGAGUACCUGGACAUACGGAGGCUCGACAAGGGAAUACAGAGGAGAAACACCAAGAAGAAUGGAGGUAACCUUCAUUGCAUCAUUGCCUUCCAAAGAAGUCCAUUCAUGACGGUGCGCCGAACAAAUAUCCCUGCACUGACCCCUAGAACCCUGAGUCCCCAGCGGUGCGGUCAUGAGUCUCGAGCCUUGAGCCCUGGCAGGGUACGGGACCACAUCCACGUGGAGCGCACUGUGAGCCCUGUGAGGAAGACUGUGAGCAUUGUCAGCCCCGGCUCCGAGAGACCCUCAGAUAUACCCACAGAUAUCGAAAUGAGAUAUGAGCUGUUCUUGUCCACUGAUGAGGAGGAUGAGGAGGGCAUGUGUGAUGAUGACACCGCCAGUUCAGAGGUCAGCGCUCUGCUGUAACACCAACCAGACGUCAUGAUGAUAAUGCAACCUUGACAGUAUUUGAAGGCCUUGUGUUGUUAUAACAAUGGAAAAUACAUUCCAGACGAACAAACUGAUAGCAUUGUAGAAAUAGUCAUAUCCAAUUUGUAUAUUUGCACAUAUAUGGCGCAUAUUGGAUAUGUACUGCCUCGGGAAGGGUUUUAUAUAUUUUUAUUGUAAAUAUUUCAACUGCUUCACUCAGUUUAAUCUUAUAUUUGGUUAGCUCUUCAGCUUUUACCUUCGUGCAUUUAUUUUGUGAAUACAUUAUAAAAACUAAUACUGAAGAGAAAUUUAAGAUAAUAACAAACAUCAAUGUUUUCACAGAUACUUUAAUUGUUGAAUAUUCCGUGCACUGAAAUUAUAGUUCAUGUGUUUAUUUACACAAUAUAAAGGGUAUAUUAAGCAAGUUUAUUGGAAGUUGAGAUAUUUGCUAAAAAUACAAAUACAUGUCCUUAUUGUUUUUUUCAACCAUGUUUUGGGCGACUUUAAAAUGAUUAUUUUAUUUUGAAUGACAUAAACUAAUAAUGCAAAUAACCUACUAGUUUAUACUGGUGACUAUCUAAAUACCAUAUAUACCUUAGAACAUGAUGGAUUUGUUGAGCUCUUAUAAACAUACUAUGGAAAAGAGUGUAUAAAUAGUGUAACAUUAUGGUAAGGCUAUAUUUGAUAUCAAUUUGUCUUAACAAUUAGAGUGCAUGAGGUGACGUAUGAACAUAUCAUUUGCAUUUUUCCUGAUUGUUUCGCAUGCAAGGGUCAGUGUUCCACGCCUCUUGCAGAUUCUCUGGAAAGUAAUACACAUUAACAAGUGCAAGAGACUUUCAAGUUGUAAGUAUUCGGUGACAUGAAAAAGACAUCAGCUGUGUAGAAUUUUAACUCGAAUAGUAUUGCUAAAAUCUUAGAAAUGUGGUUAUACAUGUAACUGUAUUUUGGAUACAUAUGUGUUGUGCAUGAACCUAUGGUAUUGAAGUAUGCAAUCAGGUACAAUAUUUACAUGAACAUGAAUGAUUUUAUUAUAAGUAAAUAUUUUAAGAAGUAAAUUGAGAUACACACUAUUCCUACCUAUGUCACGACUAUACCUAGUCCUUCAUUGAAGGAUAACAACUUUGGAGUUUCUUGCCUUUAAUUAACAAGUUUUGUUUUAUUUUGCAUUUUAUACUUUUAAGCAACAUGCAAAAAUCCACUCGGUAUCUAGGGUCAUAAAAUUUAACUUGUGAAAUAUGUUAUUGCUGAAUAAUAUUUAAUACAUUUUGAUAUUUAACUUUUUUUCUUCUGUAAUGAUCAAUGUAAUAUACAUUUCGGUUCAUCUGGAAUAUUUGGUACUGAUGAGUGUGGUUAAAAGAUGGGUUUUUUAUGCAGUACAUGAAUUCUGUCUUGUGUGAAUGUAUGCUAGCCUUUUUGGGGGAUAUAGCAAGUUGCUAUUUGUUUUGAAUCUUUUCAUGUAUAAGCUUUGCAGUCUUGUUUUGUAUAAUGGAAAGGUAUCAUAGAAAAAAUAUAAAUACAUACAGAAUAAACUAUUUAUAGCUCA